CCAAGCACGCGUCCGGAUCUCUCUCUUUCUCUCUCUUGGGUGACCCUUCUCUCUCUGCUGACUCUCUCUCUCUCUUCCCCAUCCCUGUUCACUACCCAGUCUUGAAGCCGAAGUUUCACUCCCUGAGACCCUUGCUUUCCGCGUUUUCAACUGGAUCUCUACAUAAACGUGCACACAGUUCUAGAGAGAGAGAGAGAGAAUCAACAGGAGUCUUUGCUUCCAUCAUUGUUUCAUGCGUUCAAGCCAUUCUCUGGAAAAUCUCAAACCCACCUCGUUCCUUCGUCCCCAAUAGCGCUCUUCAUCUCUGUCUUUACAUAAACCUUCCUCCUUAAAAAUAGAAACAAAACUCAGCUCACAAAAAUUUCCCCAUUCCGUCCAUUUCUAUUUGUAACCACAAACUUUUUCGAAGAAUUCUAUCGAGUUUUGAUCUUUCUGUUUCUGGGUAUUAUCGAAAUCCACCGGUUUCAAAAGCUAGACCAGAUUCUAUAUCAUUCGUCCAAUUUACUUACAAAAUCGUUUUUUGGGGGUCUAUUUUUUGGUCACUCCUUUGUUCUUAUCCUCCUGUCUCUAUCUUAUUUCCAAACAAAUCUAUCAAGUUUGAAUCUUUCUGUUUCUGGGUAUCAUCUUUUUGUUCCUUUUCCGCUUUCUGAGACAAUUACAUCUGGGUUUCUCAGGGUUGUUCCAGGAUCUAUUAGCAAAGUGAUUUUCUUUCCUUACCCUUUUCACAAAUUUCUACAUACCUGAGUCUUCUUUUUUCAACAAUGGGGAAUCACAUGACCAAACCCUCAGAGACUUCAACACCCGCAACAACAACCACCAAUUUCGCCCCACACAACAUCCACCUCAAAACCGACCUUGAUUCGUACGAGGCUGCGUGCAGGCUCGACCAAGACCUACAAACCUUCGACGCAACCCUCCAGGCUAGAACCAACCAAGUCAUCACAUCACUGGCAACUGGAGUGGAAGUCAAAGCCCUCUCGUUCGAUUCCAUGAAAGAAGUCACUGAAUGCCUCCUGGAAAUGAACCAGGAAGUGGUGAAAGUCAUCCUCGAUUGCAAGCAGGACAUAUGGAAAACCCCCGAGUUGUUUGAGCUGGUCGAGGAGUACUUUGAGAACAGCUUGCAGACGCUGGAUUUCUGCACCGCGUUGGAGAAGUGUUUGAAGAGGGCCAGGGAUAGCCAGUUGCUGAUUCUGGUUGCACUCGGGAUGUUUGAUGAGGAGUCUGGGAUGGAAGGGAAGAAGUAUGUUAAAACGCUGGAGGAGUUGAAGAAGUUCAAGGCCGCAGGUGAUCCUUUCACCGACGAGUUCACCAAGAUUUUCCAAUCCGUUUACAGUCACCAGACGUCGAUGCUUGAUAUGUUACAAACCAGAAGGAAGAAGCUUGACAAGAAGCUCAGGACAACUCAGACUUGGAGAAGGGUCUCCAGCAUGAUAUUCGCCGCCACGGUCACGGCAGUUUUGAUUUGCUCAGUGGUGGCUGCGGCCAUUGCGGCACCCCCGGUGGCUGCUGCUCUGGCUGCCGCAAGUGCCGUUCCUCUGGGUUCCAUGGGGACGUGGAUUGAUUCGCUUUGGAAGAAAUACGAGGAUGCAGUGAAAGGACAGAAGGAUGUUGUUCGGUCGAUGGAAGUGGGGACUCACAUUGUGAUAAAGGACUUGGAUAAUAUUCGGGUAGUUAUCGAACGGUUGGAGAUUCAGAUUGAGUCUGUGUUGGGUAAUGUUGACUUUGUUAUCAAAGAAGAGGCCGUGAAGAUUGGAAUAGAGGAGAUAAAGAAGAAGAUGGAAGUGUUUAGGAAGAAUGUGGAUGAUUUGGGGGUACAAACUGAUAUGUGCAUCCGGGAUGUUCGGAAGGCUAGAACUGUGAUUCUUCGGAGGCUCAUAAAUCCUCCAAAUCCUUGAAUGCAUGCUGGUCUUGUACCGGUAAUUUGAUUUGAUUUUUACAUAGUAUGUAGUAUGAUGCUAAACCAUUGCUUCUAAUUUGUGUCUUGAAUUGAAGGCAAGGAAUAGGAUUCAUGUUGUUUGGAAACUUAACAGAUGACUAGGCAUUCAUUCCAUUCAAUCAUGGUGUCUAGGCAUAGAAGAUGUAAAGUAGCCAUGUUUAUCAUGUUUGUUUAUCUGAAUAGAUAUGUUCUCUUACGAACCA